AAACGUAGUCUAGCUAUUAUCGUUCAAAGAAGUCGAAGAGGAAGCAUUGGAAAAGAUGCACGAUUGCUCCUUACAGGGUAUUAUUCGGUGGUCUAUAUUGGAAGGAUGAGAAGAAGUUUGGAAUGGAAAUGGAAAAAUAAUCAAUCGCAUUAUCAAUCAAAUGUUUAGUUAUUGGCACUUAAAAUGGUAUCGGAUAUCUGACGGAGUCGUCAUCGAGGGAAAAGAAGGUGACUUUUGAAGUGCAGUGGUAGUAAGAAUCGCGACGACAAUCCGCGAAUCCGUCGUUUCAUCGUGGACUAUUGGCUGUACUAUCAUCAAGGAUUGACUUUCGUAAAGCAACAUCGUAGUUUUGCGUAGUUAUCGGUCGCUAGAGGCAAAAUUUGAAACGCAAGGGACACACCGAUGAGACUCGAUGAAAAUUUACAUUAUAUUUCCAUUAUAAAUCUUCGUUAGUUGUUUCUAACAAACACUCAUUGUCAACCUAUUUCAAACAAACAUUCAGUCAAAGAAUGUCGAAGAAGCAAUGGCUGGUCCUGCUAAUGCUGUUCUUGACUUACUUGUUGCUAGGUGCUUCCAUUUUCUACCAUAUCGAGAGUCGCUUAGAGAUCAAGCGCAUCGAAGAAGCCAAGCGUGAACGCAUCGAUAUUAACGCUUUGCUUCAUGCACAUUACGUGCCCACCAUUAGUCACGAUCACGAUGAAAUCCUUAGAAAAUUGUCACGAUACUGUGGAAAGUCGGUUUAUAAUUACACCGAAAACGAGAUUGAUCCACUUAAAUGGGACUUCUAUAACAGCUUUUAUUUCGCUUACACCGUCGUCAGCACUAUAGGUUAUGGGAAUUUAGCUCCGACGAAUAUGCUCAGCCGUAUCCUGAUGAUAUUUUAUGGUCUAAUUGGCAUACCUAUGAAUGGAAUUUUGUUGACGCAAUUGGGAGAAUUUUUCGGGCAUGUAUUCGUUAAAGCUCAUCAAAAGUACAAAUCGUACAAGCAUGGCGACAAUGAUUAUUACACAAGAAAAUUGACAACAUUCGAAACGGGAAAAGUUGGAUUGGCUGCACAGAUAUUCGUUCAUUUGCUGCCAGGCUUCAUCAUGUUUAUCUUUUUCCCAGCAUUUCUUUUCUCCUACUAUGAGGGUUGGACUUACGACGAAGCUGUCUACUACGCUUUCGUCACAUUGACAACUAUUGGUUUCGGAGAUUACGUGGCAGGACAGGACAAUAGUAAGGGUAGCGGAUUUUCUUUUAUAUUAUACAAGACAUUUCUGAUCUGUUGGAUUUCAUUUGGACUGGGAUAUACCGUUAUGAUCAUGACAUUUAUCGCUCGAGGUAUGCGCAGUAAGAAGAUUACUAGAAUCGAGCAUAAAUUAGCCAUAAAUUUGAAGCAUACGCAAAGUAAAAUCUGGAACGAAUUUAACAAGGAGAUAAACUAUCUACGCCGUGUUUUCAACGAGUUACAGCUGUCUAAGGUCAAGAGGAUAUACGUUGACGAAUGUAAUUACGAGAUUCCACCUUCCAAGUUUCCUCGUAGCAACAGUUUUCCCGAUCUUCGAGAUUUGCUGUACGGCUCGAAAGAGAAAGAUAGAAUAUGUCACAGGCCUCGUCGUCGUGCCAAUAGCGAAGUGGUACCAACGGAAGAUCAAGUAACGCGCGUCGUUUCGGAGACCGAUCUUCAAAGAAUUGACAAAACGGCCACAUUUGCGACUCAUGCAAUGGUUCAGCCGGCAGAAUUAUUGGCAAGAUUGGUUAACAUUCUCGGUUAUAUACCACCAGCUACAGAGGAUAACGGAGGUGAUGUCUCCAACGAGACAACUUUCGUUGCUCCGGAUAUAGGAUAUCGCAAUAACAAAACUGAUGGUAAUGGUAAAGACUUUUUUGACAAGGAGCCAACUUACUCGUCCAACGUUGGACCAGGAACCUGGACAAUUGGUCACGAAAAAAUACCACGUUUCGGGAAACCUCGAUCCAGAGCGAUCAGUGAAAUUAGAUUGCACGAGACGAAGAACGAGGAUAGAAACGUGGAACGAACUUGGUCCGGUCCAACGGCGGCUAAAAAACUUCAGGAAUUAAUGAGGCCUCGAAUCAGCGAAUUGUACAACAAAGAACGUAACAUUAAGGAAACCAAAUUUGCAAAGCUUCGAAGCUUUGCAUUAACGAAAUCCGUUCCUAAGGCGUUGAUAUCGUCUGCUCCUUGGAAAAGUCGUUUCUCCAUGAGUUCAGAGAAAAAGAGCUCCGAAUUCGACCACGAAGCUAACAACAAAGAUACCGGACAAUCCUUUAUACCGGGCUCGGUGUCGAUCGAUGAUAGACGAGACACGAGCUCGACUACUUCCAAUCCACACAAACAUUAUUACACCCAUACUGGUGCAAGUAGCAACAUUAAUACCGAAAAUAGUAAUAAUUUGCUCGAGGAAACUAGCUUGGCCGAUUUUUUGAGAGCCCUUACCGUUCUUCAUGCGAGCGUUGCUACCAAUACGAGUAGUUCAAACGAGAAUCAAAUGCGACGUGUUCAACCUCGGAGAAAAAUGGGCACUGCUUCCCUGACACCGCCAAAACUUCCUAGCUUGUUCACGCUAUUUUCACCUUCUCCGUCCGCAUCAAGUGCUCAAAGUAAUCAAAACACAAUCAUCCAAGAAUCUAAUGUAAAUUGGAAUGAAAGUAAGCCACCUUGGCCUCAGACUCGCCGAGAGUCAAGAAGAGGCAGUUUGGUGUUCGUCUCGCCCACGGUCGCAAAAUCGAGAAGAUUUUCUUUGAGACCAGUAGCGACACCCAUUAGUCCUCCGACGCCUCCGAGGAGUGAUUCGCCAUUUUUAUCGGAUACACGACGUAUGCCAUACGAAAAUAAGUCGACUUUCCUCUUCGAAUCACCCAAAGAUCCUCUUAUUUUAACAGAAGGAGCACCGGGUUUUUCAACGCCGAUAAAAUCAUCCUUCAACGCUCGUCGUUUCUCGUUACGACCUACUCAAAAUCAGAACGGAACUUCAACAGGUGGUAAUGCCGCUGUUGUUCCUAUGCUCAAGGCUGUACCUCGUUGGAAGGCCGGUAUGCUGCAGCGACAAAUCGGCCAAAUGAAUCUUCGACGUCGAGCCAGAGCUUUCAGUUUAGGCGAUGUUCACGCUGAAAAUAUCAAAGAACGAACAGAGCCAUUCGAUACAUCGUCCGAUAUUUACAAAAAAUAUAAUCGCGAUGCAAUUCGUAAAAACGUUUCAUUAUGCCAGGAUUCCAACAGCGAUCAAUUCGCGAAAUCCGAUGAAAAUUCCCAUCGGUUUACGUCCUCGGUUCCGUGUUCAGAAGAACGACGUUCGUUCUUUCCAAAUCAAGAAUCUGCUUCUACGAAUUCUACUCGACUAGAAGAAAAAAGUGUGAGAAUUAUCGAUCCGCAGACAUACUUCGUUACAAGCACAAUCUCGGCCAAAAAUGUUGAUCGUUCAGCGGAAUAUACGCCUUGCGCUCAAUUAAGCGGCGGAUACGAUGAAACAGAAUCCACUCUGUCCAAAAAAGAUCCAACCAGCACGAAAAAAUGGUUACACUCCAAUGAUUCUCCUACUACUGAUUCUACUUUUAAAUACAGUUUAUCCGCCCAAGUCGCCACGGAAUCAGAGCAACCAUUAGUUGAGGUAAAAGUAGAGAAUCCCGUUACAAGUACCGUUCGUAAUCAUUUUACGACAGUCACAGCCGAUGAUCCUUUACAUCCAUCGCACCAUCUUGCAGAACUCAAGAUCGAAACUUACCAAUCACAUCUGUCUAGUAAUAAAUCGUGACAUACGGUUACCAUCCACAAAAUACCUCACGUACAAUCACCGUAAAUCUAAAACAAACCGAUACCAUUCGAAUUUACCUUCGUUUCCGAUGUAAUUAUACCUACAAUCGUCUUCUAAUAUAAUCGAAUAAAAGCGUGAUCAUUCCCUAAAAACCGAAUUUAGCCUGGAUUCGAUACAUUGCAAAAACACGCAGGUCAUCGUCAAUCAAGAUUU